AUGGAUAUCAAGUUAGCAACCAAAGAGGACAUACCAGGGGUCUACAAACUGCUGAUGGAGUUGGCAGAGUUUGAACAACUUGCACAUGCAGUAGUAGGCAAUGAACAAGAUAUUGAGAAGUGGGCAUUUGGAAAUGACAAAGUGAUCACAGUGUAUUGUGGCUGGUACGAAGGAAGAAUGAUUGGAUAUACACUGCAUUAUACAACAUUUAGUACAUUCCAAUGUAGACCUGGUCUAUACAUCGAGGAUAUAUACGUCCAACCAGAGUAUAGAGGCAAAGGAUUUGGUAAACAACUACUUCUACAUGUUUGCAAGUUGGCCAAUGACAAAGGAUAUGGACGUGUCGAGUGGCAAGUUCUUCGAUGGCUCAAACCAAGCAUUGCAUUCUACGAAUCACUCGGUGCACAGCCACUCAAUGACUGGACACAAUAUCGAUUGAUCGGUGAACCUCUCGAACAUCAUGCCAAUGCCUACUCAAGGAUUGAUUGA